AUGGAAAAUCGCUGGAACAGCACCCAGCCCCCCCCCCCCUCAAGCACCCAAGAAGUCUCCUCUCCCUCAAGCACCCCAGUAGUCUCCUCCUCCUCAAGCACCCCAGUAGUCUCCUCCCCCUCAAGCACCCCAGUAGUCCCCUCCCCCUCAAGCGCCCCAGUAGUCUCCUCCCCCUCAAGCACCCCAGUAGUCUCCUCCCCCUCAAGCACCCCAGUAGUCUCCUCCCCCUCAAGCACCCCAGUAGUCUCCUCCCCAUCAAACACCCCAGUAGUCUCCUCCCCCUCAAGCACCCCAGUAGUCUCCUCCCCCUCAAGCACCCCAGUAGUCUCCUCCCCCUCAAGCACCCCAGUAGUCUCCUCCCCCUCAAGCACCCCAGUAGUCUCCUCCCCCUCAAGCACCUCAGUAGUCUCCUCCCCUCAAGCACCCCAGUUGUCCCCUCCCCUCAAGCACCCCAGUAGUCUCCUCCCCCUCAAGCACCCCAGUAGUCUCCUCCCCCUCAAGCAGCCCAGUAGUCUCCUCCCCCUCAAGCACCCCAGUAGUCUCCUCCCCCUCAAGCAGCCCAGUAGUCUCCUCCCCCUCAAGCACCCCAGUAGUCCCCUCCCCUCAAGCACCCCAGUAGUCCUCUCCCCUCAAGCACCCCAGUAG